AUGCCUAAUGCAAAACGCAAUGGCUCCUCCAUCGAUCACCACGCACUGACACCAGGCGGCAGUUUAGAUUCGGCAUGGUUGACAUCAUUAGCGACGAACCAUGGCCGCGGAGCGAAAUCAGAUCUGCAGAAUGCUGCGCAGGCCCUUGGUGCAUCAGUUUCGGCUGUGGAGGUAGCAAAGUUCCUGGACAAGAAGUUCCAAGACCUACCGUCUUUUCAGCGUGCUGCAUUCCUGGUGCCUUCAAAGGGAGGCUUGCCAGGAAUCGAUCCAGCACUGGUGCGGGUCGAUGAAGAGUGCGUUUAUCUUGUCGGGAAUUCGCUUGGACUUCAGCCAUCCCGAACCAGAGUGCUGGUUUCGGAGGAGCUGGACAAGUGGGCAAAAUGGGGUGUAAAUGGCCAUUUCACCGGGGACCGGCCGUGGAUGCCCAUAGACGAAACUGUCAUCCAGCAGAGCGCGGCCAUUGUCGGAGCAGAAAAAGAUGAGGUAGCCAUUAUGAACAGCCUCACAGUGAACUUGCAUUUGCUUUUUGUAUCCUUCUAUCGACCAGAAGGGAGUCGGAACAGAAUAAUGUACGAGGCCAGCGCUUUCGGAUCGGACUAUUUUGCUUUCGAAUCGCAGGCGCGUUUGCACGGACUAGAUCCGACGAAAGUGCUCCUGCCGCUGAACGCUCGAACUGGUGAAGAGCUGCUCCACACCGAGGACAUUGUGAGCGCAAUCCAAGCGGCGGGAGACAGCCUUGCAGUUGUUUGUUUGGGUACCGUGCAGUACUACACUGGCCAAUAUUUUGAUGUUAAGGCCAUCACAGAGGCUGCCCAUGCUGUGGGAGCAAUGGCGAUUUGGGAUUGUGCCCAUGCUGUGGGAAAUGUAGAUUUGAGCUUGCACGAAUGGGGCGUGGACGGAGCCUGCUGGUGCAACUACAAGUACCUCAAUGCCGGCCCUGGUGCAAUCGGUGGCUUCUUCGUGCACAGAAAACAUCUCAACAAAGGACUUCCCCUUUUAGCUGGGUGGUGGGGCCAGAAGCAGGCUGUGCGCUUCAACAUGGAACACAGCUGGGACCCCGAGGUCGACGCUGGAGCUUGGCGGUUGUCCAAUCCGCCUGUUCUGCAGACCGUCUCGUUGCUUGCGAGUUUGGAAAUUUUUUCGAGGACGACAAUGUCAGAGCUCCGCGGCAGGUUCAAGAAGGGCAUUAAAGUUGAGAAGAUGUCCAAGGAAGAAGCUGACAAGAAGUUUGGCGUCUCUUCCUGGCCAACUUGGGGCUGCGGCGCAUCGAAAUUCGACUGGGAAUACAGCGGAACUGAAACUGCAUACAUUCUGGAGGGUGAGGUGACUGUGACCCCUACUGGAGAGUGGUCAGACGCCGAUCCUGCAAAGAUUGAGGAAUUGAGUGGGGAGGAUCUGGUGAAGCACGAGAAGUUUUUGAAAGCUAAGGAGGAGGCUUUGUCGCAGCUCUCAACCAAGCGAAGUGCUCCUGCCAAGGAUGGUGGCGUCAGCUUGAGAACAACGCAACAAAGUCGCCUCGGCGGUGCUGCCUUCGACGAGGAAACUGCCCGAAAGUUGGAAGCGAUAGCAGGCAGAGCUGCACAGGAUGCUACACGCCGCGAGUUAGAGAAAGCCAAAGAGGCGAGCCGGGCGGUAGCUGAUGCCCAAGCAGAGGCGCAGAGCUCCUUGCAGGCAGCCGUCGCUCACUUGUCAAGCGAACCCAAGGCUGCAAGUCUGAUGCCCACCUGGAUUUCUGACGAUGAGUACAGGGAUCUGGGAUACCCGCAGAUGGAUCCAAAAUUUAGAGACCGGGAGUGGCACAGGAAACAGCUUCAGCUGGACAGUACUGAUCCACGCCACAAUCCGAACCUCAAUCGCGACCAGAGCGACCCAGAGUUUUGGUAUCAUGCAGCUCGACGACCAUUCAAUAAGGCUCUCCUCCGCACAGAGCAACAUUGGAAUGCCCGUAGAGAGGUGUGGCUGAAGCAGUUUGAGCAGGUCAAGGACAUGAACCAGCGGCGAGAGCUUCUUUCAGACUUGCUCGAGGAUAGCCCCGCAGAUGUCAAGCGUUUGGUCACCCCGAUUCUGCACUAUAGCAUCACGAUGAAUGUGCUGAUUGGUUUCCUGGAGAAGGCCGAGAGAACAAGAAGAACUUUCGAGGAAGUGCUCUUGGAUGAGGAGAACUUGAAUGUGCUCCGGGGAAUCCGGGACCGGAUAGAUGCCAAGGGUGACCAGGCAGCUGACGAGAUGCUUCAGGAGUACGACGCUCGAUCCAGGCUGCUGGCGUUUGAUGCUCAGGAGAAGAAGGAGGGAGAAGAGCAGGAACGACGAGUGGCAGAUGUCACUACGCUCGCGCAGAUCAUGAACUGGGGCCAGAAGUGCAAGAAGGAUGGCCUCGUUGAGUGGGAGCAGGGGAACUACGCAGAAGCCCGCGCCAGCUGGAGGCAAGCUCAUGAAACCCUCCGUCCUUUCAAGGCCGCAGAUAACGAGACCAACGAGCUGUUGUUUGAACUUCACGCAGCCGUACUGAAGAACCUGGCACAGGCAAGCAUGAAGCUUGGGUACUGGAACGAAGCGACGAAGGUGUCGACGCUUGCGACGCAGCUGUGCCCAGAAGAUCACAAGGCAUGGUUUCGACGAGCAUGUGCCCUAGAAGGCAUGGGAAGCCUGGAUGAGGCCGAAAGAUGCUUGCAAAAAAUCGACGAAUGUUCGGUUGGACGGCCGGAUCGUCUUCGAAUCGCAAAAGACACCCAGGCCAAGCGUGAGAAGCUGCAGGCCCUCCGCGAGCGGGAACAGGCAUCUCUCAAGCGAACAAUGGAGAAGGCACUCGGCAGGAGCGUGUUCAGUGAAGAACGUCAGGUCGAUGAUGAGAAGGAAGCUGCACUCGAUUCGCUUGAGCCAGACGAGCAGCGGAGAGCUUUGCCCACACCUAAUGGAAUCUUUCAGGAUUCCAACCGUAAACACCUGACGCGAGAAGGUGCAAAGGAUUUGCUACACGCUUUGCGCGAUGCAUACAGAGACUCCACAUUUCAGAAGCAGGUCAUGAAGCUUGCACGCGAUGUUCGAGGCGAAAAGCGCCCCUUCCUCGCGAAUCUCGCCAAAGUGGCACUGCCUUUGCAGAAGCCCGUCUUGGAGAAGUUCGGCUUUGAACCCAGCGAGAAGGGACUCAAAGAGAUGAUGCGAGCAGUUCAGGAUUACACGCGAGGGCCGAAGGCGGACGCGGGAGUGAAGAGGGCCGCUGACGAGACGACGGUCGCACUCUAUGGAGUCAUGUACGACACGCUGACCCGCCCAGAUGACGCUGCCAUAAGACCACAACUGGAGGCCAGACUUGGCCGCGGUCACGACGCAGAAGACGCUUAA